AUGACUCAGUUUACCACAGAACGGGACGCGGACGAGAUCGAGUAUGGCACAAAUCUUGGUCACCUCCGUCUACGACACGUUGAGACCAAUGACAUUAUCCUGAUUCCAACGCCAUCCAAGGACCCUGAUGACCCUCUCAACUGGCCUAAGUCUCGGAAGAUCUAUUCGGCCAUCCUAGUAUGCUUGGCCAUGUUCUUUUGCAACUUCCUCGCCGCUGGGCCAACGGUGGCAAUUGUCGACAUCACUAUCGAUUUCGAAAGAGUUGCUCCUACAGAGCCGGGCUUUCCAGCUGCCAUUGCCAAAAUCGCAUACUUUUUCACCACCACUGCCCCACUUCAAGGCACUGGCAACAUCGUCUGGAUGCCGUUGAUCGUUAAACAUGGACGAAGGCCAGUAUACAUCAUCUCCUUUAUAUGCUAUACUAUCACUGCAAUCUGGGUCGGCGUCUCCAAGAAUUAUGCUUCCGAGAUGGCUUCAAGGAUACUCAUGGGUUUCUUUGCCGGCGCUGGAGAAUGCGUGGCUCCACUCACCAUAUCUGACAUAUUCUUUCUUCACGAAAGAGGCUUUUACAUGGCAGUGUACACCGUUUCGCUGUCUGCUGGCGUCUCCGGGGGCAUCAUAGUCGCCGGAUUGAUCACCAUCACACACUCCUGGCGCUAUAUUUACUAUGUUGCCACAGCCCUCAUCGGCGCUCUAACUAUUCUCGUUUUCUUGACGCUGCCAGAAACAUCGUACGUCCGCAACUCAGCCUAUGGCCCAACCUCCCGCCUGGCUAGUCCGAAAGCCCCCAUUGCCUUUGAUGAAGAGAAUAACACGAGGACCGAGAAGUCACACAGCAACCAUCAAGAGAAUGAGCACAAAAUUAGCAUCGACCAGGACACCAAUAAGUCUCCAAGAGAGUUUUUUUUGCGUUCGCUGCGCGUGUUUCAUGGAAGAUUCACAAAGGAAAGCCUGUGGAAGAUGGCCUACAGGCCUGUUAUCCUUCUUGUGCUUCCACCUGUCCUUUGGGCCACCCUCGUCAUGUCCGUCACCAUUGGGUUUCUGGUCGCUAUCACCUCCAACUUCGCCUCUGCUUUUGCAACCAACUACGGCUUCGAAUCGUGGCAAUCCGGCCUAUGA